AUGAAUACUUUAAUAUUUUUUGGUUUUCUUGUAGCUGACGUUAGUGCUCUGUUGAUUCCUGAAAACAUCGUGAACACAAUUGAUACAACCGAUGAACGAUCUAUCAGCAAUUCUCUUGAGCAAGCGAUUGAAGAAGUUAGCUUGGCAAUCAAGGAUGCUGGACUUGAUCCUUUCUAUAUCGACGAGAGACGAAUUUCUAAAGCUCUGCCUGUUCCAGUAAUCUUCAAUGGCGAAGCGUUUGUACAAGAAGUACUAAUCACCGGCCUCAGUGAUAUCGUGGUGCACAAGAUUAGCUUCAGCCUCCUCACGUCUCGGAUCUACUUUGAUAUUGAAGUACCUUACGUGGUCGCCUCUGUUGGUGCCGCAUCUAUUGAAACCACUGUAUUUGGAACAAAACUAGACGUCAAAGCUUCGGGGAAGGUUCAAAUCAAAAAUGUCCGCAUCGCAGGACAAGUCCGGUUUAGCCUCGGUAUUUUCUCAGGAAUAACUGUCCGCCGAGUGAGAGUUAAUUUCAGUUUAGGAGGCAUUCACUCAAACGUGAAAUUAGUCAUUCAAGGCAAAAAUUACUCUUGCAAAGUGAACAGAUAUAUAGAAUCAACGAUACCAAACACCAUCAAAGCUUUUAACGCUGAAAUUAACGAGCUCCUGGAGAUCAUUCUGAUGGACAUCUUAACAGAACAUCUGGCUAGACUGUGAUAUCUUCUUAGAUAUAAAUAUAUUAUCUAUACUAAAUUAUUAACUACAAAGUAAUAUUGUAGAUAAAUAGA